UUGAUUCAUUCAGGAUGAGAAGUUGCCCCUCGUGGAUGGUAAUUUGGUGCGAUCUGGCCAAAAUGAAAAUUCAUCGCAUCUGAAGAAUUUCACCACACCUGAUAUGUCUGAAGAAGAAAACGUUUAGCUGUCAAAGAUAUGGAUGGGCCUGAAGAGGAGAGACUGUGUGGGAAAUGGACGGUUGGCUGUGGUUUGUACAGUUACAACUUGAGGGAUGUCUUCACAUGGCGUCUGCUGAAGACCGUAGUCAUGGGGCAGGUCUUGUCCCUGCUGAUCUGUGGGACAGCUGUGAGCUGUGAGUACCUGGCCCGCGCUGAGGUGAAUACGCCCAUGCUGCAGAGCUUCCUCAACUACGCCCUGCUGCUGCUCAUCUAUACGACCAUCCUUAGCCUCCGCAAAGUUUCUACAGGUGACAGGAACAUUCUACAGAUUUUAAGAACCGAAUGGUGGAAAUAUUUGGUGAUGGGUCUGGCAGAUGUGGAGGCAAACUAUGCAGUUGUGAAAGCCUACCAGUUAACCACCCUGACAAGUAUACAGCUGCUGGACUGCUUUGUGAUCCCGGUGCUGAUGGUGCUUUCCUGGUUCCUUCUGAAGACUCGCUACAGGCUGGUCCACUUCGUAGCUGUGAUUGUGUGUUUGUUGGGGGUAGGAGCCAUGGUAGGGGCCGACAUUCUGGCUGGAAGAGACCAGGGAUCCACCAGUGAUGUCAUACUCGGAGACAGUUUGGUCCUGCUCAGUGCUGUCCUCUAUGCUGUAUCCAAUGUGUGCCAAGAGUACACGGUGAAGAACUUGAGCCGAGUCGAAUUUCUGGGCAUGAUGGGCCUCUUUGGGACCCUCAUCAGUGGCAUACAGCUAGCUGUUCUGGAAACUCAUGCAGUGGCGGAAAUAAAGUGGGACUUCAGCAUUUCCAUGCUGUUUGCAGUCUUUGUCGUGUGUAUGUUCGGACUGUACAGCUUCAUGCCUGUAGUGGUGAAGAUGACCAGCGCUACUGCUGUCAACCUCUCUCUGCUCACCGCCGAUCUCUUCAGCCUCUUCUGCGGCAUCUUCCUCUUCCAGUACACAUUUUCGACCCUCUACAUCGUCUCAUUUGUCGUCAUUACCGUGGGUUUUGUUAUGUUCAACACCGUACCCACAUACUCUGCUUUACCGGAGUCCAGCUCCAGUGAGGAAGACGCUGAUGAAGUGGUUGCUGAUCACACAGCUGAAAACUCCUCAGACUACUUAUUGUUGGCAGACAGAGACACUCCGGGAACUGAGACACUCACAGCAGUCGCUGCACUGUGACUGAAACAGACUGAAGAUCGAAGAAGGCCUUUCUGUUGUUAGGGAGGCAGCUAAAGACCGCAACACUAAGCGCUGUCCGUGGGUGAUUAUUCUUUCUUCCAUUAUAGGUCCGUGGCCAAAUGUCAGUUUGACGAAGACUCAGUUUUACAUUGUUACAGAAGAACACAUUUUCUUGUACUUGAUUAGAAAGUUUACAUGUUUUGAUAUAUUGAAAAUGCAGUUGUAUGACAUCACAUUCUUUGUGUUGGUUAACAGUAUAGACUGGCACAUUUUUUCAUUCCUAUUUUUUUCAUUUUUCAAGAGAUAUUUCUUUACUAACAGGGAGCAAAUAUCACCCAUAUCCAUGACGGCACCUAAACACAAACAGUGCGCCAAUAUGACUGCUAUUUAUUGUCUCAAAACUGAUCAGUUACUUGUCUAUCCUUUCUCAUUUUUUAUAUAAUAUUAAUAUAUUUGAAAAUUUACAAAAUGCAUGAGCAACACUGACCUAUCACAAAGUUGUAUUUCACGUAUGUUGCCUAUAGUGCUGUUACAAAGUACCAAAUCUACUGUAAAUCAUAUUGCCAUAAAAGUCAAGCAUGUUAACAUGCAGCUGUUUCACAUUUUUACUAUUAAAUGCACUUUUAUUUUGUC